UCUCGGAAUAACAGUCAUCAGGGUGAUCAGUAAUAACACCUUGAAUACAAAUGAUGCUUUAAGUAACAGAUUGUUUCUUAUAUAUACAAUUAAAACACGUAGGGGAUAUUUUAAGGUGAUAUUGUUUUGUUUCUUUGAGUGGCAUUCUUGUUGAUAGAUUGACUUGUCCUUAAAUGACGACAGGACGAGUCUCAGCGAUGUCACAGUGAAAGAGUGGACGACAGGUUGAUAGGUUGACUUGUGCGUCAACGAAGGGAGGACGAGUUUCAGUUAAGACACAUUGAAAGAUGUGAAAGAGUGGACGACAGGCUGAUAGGUUGACUUCUGCUUCAAUGAAGGGAGGACGAGUUUCAGUGAUGACACAGUGAAAGAUGUGAAAUAGUUGACGACAGGCUGAUAGGUUGACUUGUGCUUAAAUGACGACAGGACGAGUCUCAGCGAUGUCACAGUGAAACAGUGGACGACAAGCUGAUAGGUUGACUUGUGCUUCAACGAAGGGAGGACGAGUUUCAGUUAAGACACAUUGAAAGAUGUGAAAGAGUGGACGACAGGCUGAUAGGUUGACUUCUGCUUCAAUGAAGGCAGGACGAGUCUCGGCGAUGUCACAGUGAAACAGUGGACGACAAGCUGAUAGGUUGACUUGUGCUUCAAUGAAGGCAGGACUAGUCUCAGCGAUGUCACAGUGAAACAGUGGACGACAGGAUGAUAGGUUGACUUGUACUUCAAUGAAGGCAGGACGAGUCUCGAGGAUGUCACAGUGAAAGAUCUGAAACAGUGGACGACAAGCUGAUAGGUUGACUUGUGCUUCAAUGAAGGCAGGACGAGUCUCGGUGAUGUCACUUUGAAAGAUGUGAAACAUUGGAUGACAAGAUGAUAGGUUGACUUGUGCUUCAAUGACGGCAGGACGAAUCUCGAGGAUGUCACAGUGAAAGAUCUGAAACAGUGGACGACAAGCUGAUAGGUUGACUUGUGCUUCAAUGAAGGCAGGACGAGUCUCGAGGAUGUCACAGUGAAAGAUGUGAACAGUGGAUGACAAGCUGAUUCCGGUGACUCACGUAAAACGUGACACGUGUGCAGGUGCUUUCAAUCGAAGGUACAGUGAUGUCAACGGACAGGAUGUCUGGGUGAAUGAAUUGGUAGCUCCCUUAUAGCGGUCUCAUCUGGAAUCACAAAAGGAUAAAACUAAUGAUUUUUUAACUAUAAACCUCGUCAAUGGGGGACUACACGGGUCACAGACAAGCACACGUCAAUAUUUGCUUGUGAAGCGAGUUGAAAAUAUCACAUGCCAUGAAAUGAAAGUAGAUUAUGUACUUGGAAGUACGGGUAGGAUGAAUGAUGCGAGGUUUCAUAGCUGAUUUCACGGAAAUAUUUGUGCUUUGAUGGGUAAUGUCCGACGCACCCCAGGUUCGCUGUUGAGUUGUAUUUUGAAGUGAGGAAACUGAAGGUCGACAUUAGAGAACGAAACCUGUGAAUCACACCGGAAGUACAUCAGUGAUGACACUGGCUACACCACGACACAGGCGGUCCAGACGCAGCUCAGUUGACAGGGUUGCAAACCUGCACAUACAGUGGUUCUUGUCAUAUACGUCUACUUGUCGUUCACACUCACUCCAAAUACAACUCGAAUGGUAGGAAAUGUGUCUGCGCGUGUCUAACGGAUGCGCCUAUGGUAUGUAAAGAUAACAAAUGGUUCCCCUUACGUUCCUAGCCGUUGCUUGGAUGUUUAUCGGUACACAAGUUCCGAAGACAAACAGCAUCAUCAUCAUCGGAAUCCUUGGAGUCAUCAUCGGCAUCCUUGCUGCAGCCAUGUUCUGUACAGCACUGACACGGUGUGUCGUAGACACAUUGCCGGACAGAGGCGAGGCCAGCUGGCGGCUGGGAUGUCCAGUGAUCUUGGUCAAGUGUCACAGGCGACAAUGGGGUACCGGGAUCUACACAGAUAUUAUGAACUUCACGAUGAAGACUUGAACCCGGGGCUUCCCGUGUCCCUGGCUACACACGAGUACCAGGUAGUACACAGAUAUUAUGAACUUCACGAUGAAGACAUAUACCCGGAGCUACCCACCAGCAGCACAAACAACAUGGUGGACAUGGACAAUGGGGAGAAAAUGAGGGAAGGGAGAAAGAAGGAGGAAGAAAAGGAAGUGUCAGAGGUGGGGGAGGUGGGGGAGGAAGAGAGUGAACCAGCAGCAACUGCGACUGCCGAGUACUUCCUGGUGUCCAGUGAUGUGGAGGGAGAGAAAGGAGAGAGUAGGGGGGAGAGGAAAGGGAAGAGGAAGAGGAUUAGGGAAAGGGAGAGGAAGAGGAUGAGGAAGGGGGUUGGGAGAGAGAUGGAACCUGCCAUACCUGCUCUGGCCGAGUGCUUCCCGGUGUCCAGUGAUGUUGAGGAAGAGGAUUCUACAUCCGGGGCUUCUGCUGAAGACACAUCCUACACUCGAAUGCUGAGGGAUGUGUUUGCUGAUGACCCGACGACAGUUGUGACAUAUCUGACACCAAGAGAGGAGAGGAUGGGGAAAGGGGAGAGUAAGGGGAUGGGGAAAGAGGAUGAAGAGGGAGUGUCAAAGGUGGAGGAGGAAGAGAGUGAACCAGCAGCAACUGCGACUGCCGAGUAUUUCCUGAUAUGGAGGAAGAGAAAUGAGAGAGUCGGGAGGAGGGGAAAGGGGAGAGGCGGAGGGUGGGGAAAGAGAUGGAGUCAUACCUACACUGGCCGAGUGCUCCCCGGUGUCCAGUGA